AUGGGACUUGAGCAUACGCGGAUUUUGGUAUACACGGGGGGUCUUAACGGAUCCCCCGCGUAUACCAAGGGCCCACUGUACUCUUACCCUCAGCUAGAUACACUUCCCUCUUCUACAUCUCUGCGGGGGGCAGUUAUUUUUUUGAAAAAGAAAGUUUCUAAGAGUUAUAACAUUCCCCCCACAAGAAAUAGUUGCCUUCCCUGUGGCCCUGGAGCCUUUCUUGCACUGCCACUCAGUGUCCCUCCCUCUUUCCAGCUAGGAAAUGAAAAUUACAAAUCUGUCGACGCGCAGAAUGCCUGGCUCCCUAGCUCUGAAACACCAUCUGCGACAAACUACUUCCUGCAGUACAUCAGCUCCAGCAUAGAAAACUCUACGCACAACACGGCUGCUUCCAGCAACAAGUUUGUGUUUGGGCAGAACAUGAGUGAGAGGGUGUUGAGUCCACCCAAAUCCAAUGACGCUAGUACAGACAGUAACAAGGAAAACGCAGCUGGUGAUUCUGGAUCAGAAUCGUCCUCGCAGGAAGCAACUCCCGAGAAAGGUGAAAUGGGAAACCUCUUUUCCAUGGGUUCUUGGAGCCUUAAAAUCUUGUUAGGAGAAACACCAAUGAAAAAGGAAAACAGCUUAUUAUUCACCCCACCCCGGGCUUUCUUCUGUUCUGAGGUCUGAAAGUGCCAGAAGCUACUCACCUCACAAUCCCUGAGAGCUUUCUUAUCUUACCUUUCGGUAGAAGGUGGAUAACUGCCAGGGAUUAUUGGGCUGCCCUGAGCCUGAUGGCCUUUUGGGAUGUUGCCUACCCUGGUCACCACUCAUUUUUUAAAAUUAUUUUGAAAAAAAUAAACACCUCCAAAUUUUUUUACUUAAAGAACAAUUGAUUCUAACCCCAGGGGUGCAGGCCAUUUGUUUCUCCUACUUUUUAAAAAAUAUACCUCUGGUUGCUAUAGUUCCAGUAGAGAGGAAAAGAUGUCCACAAUUCUCUGUGUUUGAUGGCAAAUAAAUCUUCUGGUUGGACAGAAGGGGCAGAAACCCACAUGGAAGGAGGAGGGAUUGGCAAAGGUCUCAGAAUCUUUUCCUGAUUUGUUUCCCAUCCUAACUUCCCAAGUCCUUGCUGUGGGAGGCUGUUGGCUUCCCAGUGGGUGUUGAGCUUUUUCUGUCCUUCUUAAAGGGAGUUUUGCAUUGGUUGCCCACUUCCUGUCAGCUGGCAUCUGCUCUUACUGGAUUUGGUGCAAAAGCGUGGAUAUUGUGGCGCCCCAGGGCUGGCAAGGUCAAAGUACCAAGGACUUCAUUCACCACCCCACCCACAAAGGCACCUCUCUUUCCAUUUAACAUAUUGCUACAAGCCUCAGGGGAGUGAGAGAGGGAAAGUGGGUUUUCUUAUUGUUGUGAGCUAUCUCUUUUAUAGCCCAAAGUAUUGCAAAGCAUUUGGAGAGGUAGCUUGGUCUUGAGUGGACACUAAAGAUCUAUUAGCUAGACAAAAGACCUGCUCUUAGAGAAGAUGAAAAUCUUUAGGAGUGCUUUGUCAAUAAGGAUAAGAUAGUCGCCUGCCUUUUUGGACUUCCCUUGUUGUGGUAGUUGCUCACACUUCACAGCUGUCCAUUACACCAUCCUAC